AUGCUCAUAUGCGACUUUCCACCAAUUACCGUCAUUGGACUCGCCAUUUCUACUGUUCGUCAACUAUUAUCGUAUAACGGCACAGUAAGGGCGCAGCUCGCAAGAAAAGAGGUCGAACGUCUUGAUGUCCGUCAUUCCUCGUUCGCGCCCAGACUUUUGGUUGAUGGCACAAGUUCUUUUCUCUGUCCGAACGGCUCCUUAUUUUUUUACACGUCCAUUUUUCAAGUCGACUGAUCAGGUCCUGGCGUCCUUAGCUUUCUUCGCAAGACCGGUUUGAAGAAAAGCCACGGGAUCUGGAUGAUGACCGUGAAAUUCGUGGCUGAUAUUAUAUAUUUUUUAUUUUCUGGUAAUCUCGUUCGUUUCUAGUGCACCAUGGCUCCAGCUGUCCCACAAACCCAGAAGACCGAUCGUGUCGACGAAGAGCGAGGAAUCCGUGCCGUUCUUCUGGGUCCUCCUGGAUCGGGAAAAGGAACUCAGGUAUGUUAAUAUUCUUGUUCUCUUAUUCAUUUUUAGGCUCCUAGACUCGCCGAGAAAUUCAAGGCUUGCCAUUUAGCGACUGGUAAGUCCUACCUUUAAAUUUAUGAUUUGCCAUGUCUUUGAAAGGGCUGUAAAAUAUUGCUAGUCAGUAAAUUUGUGAACAUUAUUUUUGAAUGGUUUUUAAAAUGUUGUCUUUUCAACACCGAGUUCUUCGCUCAAGGGGCAACUUCUAUUAAAGUCAAGUCAUGUUUUGUGAUUUGCCGGUCUUUCAUAAUUUGAUGUUCUGUGAUAAAUUAUAUGUUAAAUUAUUCCAGGAGACUUGUUGAGAGCCGAAAUUGCGUCUGGUAGUGAGCUUGGCAGGUCGAUCAAGGCGACUGUCGAUGGAGGGAAGCUCGUCUCCGACGACACCGUGGUCGAGUUGGUGAAUGUCAACUUGAACAAGCCCGAAUGCCGGCUUGGUUUUAUCUUGGAUGGUUUCCCGAGGACAGUGCCUCAGGCUGAGAAGCUAGAUCAACUUUUGGAGAAGAGGAAAACGCCGUUGGAUUCUGUGGUGGAGUUCAAUAUUAAAGAUGACCUUCUGGUCAAACGAAUUACCGGCCGAUUGUUCCAUUUAGCCAGUGGAAGGUCAUAUCAUACCGAAUUCAACCCUCCCAAGAAGGAGAUGACCGAUGACGUCACUGGUGAACCGCUGGUGAAACGCGCAGAUGACAAUGAGGCCACGCUGAGGAAACGUUUGAAUGCCUAUCACGAUCAAGUAAGUCAAUUCAUAUUUUUUGCAUUUGGGGCAGCGACUAAAUAAAUUUUUCUCUUUCAGACCUCCCCAUUGGUAGAUUACUACACCAAGAGAGGCAUUCACAACCGUGUCGAUGCUUCCCUUACCAUGAAGGAGGUUUCAGCCCGCAUCGACUCCAUCUUUAGCAAGUGCAUCGUCAAAAAACGAACAGCCUAG